GCCCGCACCAGGUGCCCCGGCGGGUUUUGCGGCGCGGCGCGCGGCGAGAACUGGUGGUCACCAUGGCAAUGCGGGAGCUGGUGGAGGCCGAAUGCGGGGGUGCCAACCCGCUCAUGAAGCUGGCGGGCCACUUCACCCAGGACAAGGCCCUUCGACAGGAGGGAUUGAGGCCCGGCCCCUGGCCCCCAGGAGCCCCAACUUCCGAGGCGGUCUCCAAGCCUUUGGGAGUAGCUUCUGAAGAUGAGUUGGUGGCCGAAUUCCUGCAGGACCAGAAUGCACCACUUGUAUCCCGUGCCCCUCAGACCUUCAAGAUGGAUGAUCUCCUGGCUGAGAUGCAGGAAAUUGAACAGUCAAACUUCCGCCAGGCUCCCCAAAGAGCCCCUGGUGUGGCAGACUUAGCCUUGUCUGAGAAUUGGGCCCAGGAGUUUCUUGCAGCUGGAGAUGCUGUGGAUGUAACUCAGGAUUAUAAUGAGACUGACUGGUCCCAAGAAUUCAUCGCUGAAGUUACAGGUGAGGCUUGUCAUGGGAAACUCUACAAUGGUUCUUAUGGG